AUGGCUGAAUUUGCUGCUCCUCCGGUCAAUGGGAUCGUUACCAAUGGCGAGACCUCGGCACCAGGGAUGCGCAGCGCCAGCGACCGCUUCGAACUCAUCUCCGGCCCCCUGAUCAACCUCAAGAACAUGCACUAUCAGCCUCCCACCCCAGUCUGGCAAGGCAGUGUAUUGAUCGUUACAAAGCCUGGUCAAGACCAGCCCCAGCUCCACUUGCGCCAGAUCGGCCCCGUUGCCGCCGAGGGACAACUUCCCCAAACGCAAACAGAUCAGACUAUCCGGGGCUUGAAGCUCUACGAGGACCCCAAGAAGGCCUUCUGGCGCUUCUCCCUGAACGUACCUGUCGAGACCUACGAGGCGCGCUGGGAGUACGAUAUCCCGGGUCUAUACAAUGAGUCUGCGGAACCAGUCAAGGCGCCCUGGAACUUUGUCGUCCCUGCAGAGGAUCAGUCCAUGCGCAUCAUGUUCCACUCCUGCAACGGCUUCUCAGUUGGUACAGACAUGGACGCCUGGGUCGGCCCUAAUCUGUGGAAUGACGCCCUGCGUGUCCACGGCGAGAAGCCCUUCCAUGUCAUGGUUGGCGGUGGUGACCAGAUCUACAAUGACGGAAUUCGCGUUGAUGGGCCUCUGAAGGCCUGGACAGCCAUUGCCAAUCCUCACAAGCGCCGUACUCAUGACUUCAACAACCAGAUGCGCGCCGACUGCGAUGAAUAUUACUACGCCAACUACGUGCGCUGGUACAACACCGAGCCCUUCCGCGCGGCGAACGGCCGUAUCCCCCAGGUUAACAUUUGGGAUGACCAUGACAUCAUUGAUGGCUUUGGCUCUUACACGGAUCACUUCAUGAAGUGCCCUGUGUUCCGCGGUAUUGGUGGUGUCGCGUUCAAGUACUACUGCCUGUUCCAGCAUCAUAUCGCCCCGCCCAAGUCGACUUUCACCACUGAUUCGCCCGAGACCAUGCACGCGGUGAAUGGAACCUCUGGCAUAGACCCGCGCCAGGUCGAGAACACCUACGUUCUCGAGAACCAGCCCGAGGACGACAGCUGGAUCAUUGGCAAGCGACCUGGUCCGUACGUCGAGGAGCGCAGUCGCAGUUUGUACAUGCGCUUUGGCAAGCGUAUUGGAUUCGUGGGUUUGGAUGCCCGCACUGAGCGCACCCGUCACCAGGUCAAUUAUCCCGAAACAUACGACCUGAUCUUCCGACGACUGCAGCAGGAGAUGGACGCCGCCAAUGGAGAGCUGAAGCAUCUAGUCGUCCUGCUCGGCGUUCCCAUUGCGUACCCUCGUCUCGCCUGGCUCGAGAACAUCCUCACCUCGCCCAUCAUUGCGCCCAUUCGCUUGUUGAACAAGCGAUUCGGCUUGGCAGGUGGUCUUUUCAACGAGUUUGACGGGCAGGUUGAUCUGCUGGAUGACUUGGACGACCAUUACACGGCGCGACAGCACAAGCGCGAGCGUAAGAUGCUCGUGCAGCGGCUGCAGGAGCUGGCGCGCGCCAACUCCAUCCGUGUCACCAUUCUUGGCGGCGACGUGCAUCUUGCGGCAAUUGGUCGCUUCUACUCGCACCCGAAGCUGAAUCUCGCGGGUGAGAACGACCAUCGCUUCAUCGUCAACGUCGUUAGUUCCGCUAUCACAAAUAAGCCCCCUCCCAAGGCAGUCGCGAACCUCCUCGCUCGUCGCAACAAGAUCCACCACCUCGACCGUGAGUGUGACGAAACGCUCAUGCCGUUCUUCGACAAGCAGCCCGGUGGUGUGGAGAAGAGCGCGAUUUGGAAUAAGGUGACCAUGCCGUCGCGCAACUUUGCCACGUUGACCGAGGUAGUGGCGCCCGUUGCCAACGGCGAUGCUGUUCAACCGGUGACCGCGAAGCUCGAGCGUCUGCCAAAGGAUGGCCACGCGCCUCUGCACAAGGGCGAGGUCAAUGCCGGCUCGACGCACAGUGCGGCAGAUGGAUUCAGCGCCCACAGCGGCAUGUACGGUGGUCUGGACGUUGCUAUUCGCGUGGAGAUUGAUCCCCAUGAUCGGAAGGGAACGACGGAGGGCUAUGGAUUCGGCAUUCCCCCACUGUUGGCUACAGAAGGCCCGCCCCAGUCGUCUCGUAUGAGCAUCCGGUCGCGAGUUUCUCGCCAAAACUCCCAUCAGGAGCAGCCCGGACGACCUUCGACUGCGCUGUAA